GAAUUUCAAGGUCGCUGUUUAACCGUGGACGUAACAAUUCAUGGUUAAUCACAAGUUAAAUGAAGAUCGUUCUCUGAAAGAAUUUGAUGACUGGCUAACUAGAUCAUCCAGCCUGCACACUGCAUAUCCUGGAAGAAGUUUAUUGAAAAUUUCAAACAACUUAAAAUUUGGCCAACGUGGUCUAAUUGCUUGUUGUGAAAUAAAAGCAAAACAAUGCUGUUAUUCUGUACCAUUAAAUGAUUUACGCUUAAUUCUUACACCGUUACGAUGUGCUUAUCUACUCAAUCAUUGUCCAUGUUUUGAAGAUUCCAAACGUUAUCAAGCUAAUUUAAACUCUAUCGAUACUCUUAUAGCUUUUAUUUAUCAUUGUAAAUACUCAACUUCGACCAAAUGCAUCUUAAGAAAGAUUUGGGCAUCUUAUCUAUCUGUUCUGCCAGAAGUUUAUUUGGAUCCAUUAUCUUGUAUCUUAUUCGAUACUGACUGUUUAUUUGAAAGAAUAUUGGCAGCUAACGCUUCGCACUAUUUUCAUUCAAAUGAUGUAAAUAUUAAAUUACAACGUUUGCUAACACGACUGUUAAGAUCGUGGCAUUGCAUAAAACGAAUUUUUACUAAUAACAAUGAUUGUACAAAAGGUUUGCACUAUAAAGGUUAUAGCAUUCCGCCAAAAGAAUUUCUAUGGGCUUGGUGUACCGUGAAUUCACGUUGUGUUUCAUGUCCUUUUAAAGAAUCUUUAUCAGAAGUUCAACAUCUUUAUAAUCUACUAAUCAGUUUUGAUUUAAAAGAUUUGAGCUUUUGUAACGAUUUUGAAGUUGUUUCAAUGUUUAUGAAUGCGGAGAAUAGCCACACAGUCGCUUUGAUACCAUUUUUUGAUUUUUUAAAUCAUGGUCAGAAUGUACCAACCGCUCUAUCAUUGUCUAAAACAGAAUUAUCAUUGGAAUUAUAUUUGGAACGUUCAGUAUCUGCAGGUGAACAGGUUUUAAUCAAUUACGGAGCACAUGAUAAUUUAACUCUAUUCACAGAAUAUGGUUUCAUUCUUCCAUUCGAUGAGAAAAGCACCAAUGAAGUGAUUUACUUAAGUUACUGUUUCAUCAUGGAUUUAUUUCAUAAUUUAGUCGAUUCAUUCAUAACAUUGACUAGCAGUAUUAGUAAUAGUAGUAGUAAUUCUGUUAGUAUAUCGAAUACAAUCAAAUCGUUUACUGAUAAUCAAACUGUAGAGAAUAAAUUCAAGAUAUUACCACAAGUCUACUAUUCAUUACGUCUUUAUUUUCAUCGAAUUCUUGAAAAGUUAGAUCUAUCCCUACCACAUAAUUCCACUGAUAACGAUGACGGUAACGGCGAUGAUGAUGAUGAUAUUACAUGGAGUUCAGUUUAUUUAUCACUUGAUAGUAAUAAUAAUUUUGGUCCAUCCUAUCACCUAGGUUUAAUAUUAUUUUUAAUGUAUACAUUUAUGAGUAAUAUACAUAACAAUGAUAAUCAACAACAGUGUUAUCAAUCUCUUGAUAAUUUGUAUAAUAUUUCAGAAGACACUAUUUACUUAACUAUUCAAACAUUAUCAAAUCGAAUUUAUACGAUCCUUUUAGAACAGCUGAAACAUGAUCGGGAAAAAAUUGUUCAUUUAAUGAAUAAUCCCGCCUGUCAGCACUAUUCGUCAACAUUGAUGUCAUCUACUUUAGCGACAUCUAUUUGUUUAGUAAAUAAAUUUUGUAAAGAUUUUUUAUAUUAUUUUGAUCAACGUGAAUGUUUUAUUAAAAGUUUAAUGGGUAGUUAAUAUUGCUAUAUUAUUGUAUGUAUGUAUGUGUGUAUGUAUUGUAGGGAACAUAAUUGCCUUUUUCAUGUGUAUGUUUAUUUUAAAAGGUUUCAACUGACUUGCAUAUCUUGUUAUAUAUUGUCCUUGUUCACUUAUUUGUGUUAUUUUUGUUGAUUGAGUUCCACUUCUCUCGUCUAUUUUUUAAAAUACAGAUUACCUCUAUGUGUUUGUACCUAGGUGUACCGGGACAGACGUAUUCACUCCUUGCCUUCCUCUAGAACCUGAGUCUCGAAAUCUUAAACCUUUUUUCUUUGUAUAUACCUAAUAUCUUCUAUUAGUAUGGGAUUUGUCUUAGAAUAAUUUUAUCUCGCUUUACUAAUAUGGUAUGUAUGACGACCUGAACAUGUGUCAGAUUCUACGUUGCAUAUAACCGACUGAAUAUUGUACCGGUGUCUAUGUGUAUUUUCACUUUUACAACUGAUCUAUUGACAGUUCCC